AUGUCUGACAACAAAAAAGUAGGGACUGAAAACGUGAAAUGCAAAGAAUGUGGACGAGAAUUUACAAUGAGAAAAAAUUUAUACGCUCACAUGAGGAACUUGCACGACGAUAAGCCCAUUGAUAUGUCCAACAAGUUAGGGUGCGCUUUAUGCGAUCAGAUGUUUGUGAAUUAUUGUUUUUUACAGAAACAUUACCAGAGCGAACAUUCUGAAGUAAACUUGUUAUUUGAAGUUAAGUCUUUUGAGGAUCAAAAUUCGUUUGACAUUUGGAAGGGAAGUUUUGAAAAAGAGACAGUAUCCCAUUUUAUACAACGAUCUACUAAAAAAUUGUCUGACUUAUCAGUAGUUAAAUAUUAUGUGUGUCAUCGUAGUGGUAAGAGCCGUAUUAGAGUUAGCGACGGGGAAAGAAAACGUCACGUUAAAACCAUGGGGACUAAUAAAAUUAACAGCAGUUGUCCAGCUACUAUGAAAGUAACGAAACAUUCUGAUAGAGGUAAUAUUUCUGUUGAGCUUCAAUCAGUACAUGUUGGUCAUGAACAUGAAGCUGCUAGGUUGCCUCUAAGUCUGGAUGAACGUAAGCUUUUAGCUAUUCAGAUGGAGCAGGGCAUACCAAAAUCUAGGGUUUUAGCCAAUGUUAGAUCUAAUUAUACACCCUCAACACGUUUAUCAUUAAUUGACAAGAAAGAUUUGCACAAUAUCUGUACAGAAUUUAACUUAGAUAGUGAGGUAUGUUUGGAUAAAAAUGAUGUUCUUUCUGUGCAUCUUAAAGUUCUAAAAAUGCUAAAGGAGCCUGAAAAUGAUUUUUUGCUUGGUAUUAUGAGCAAUGCUCAGCAGAAGCUCCUAGAAUUAAAUGAUGGUAUCGUUAUGAUAGACUCCACACAUGGUCUCAAUCAGUAUCAGCUUAAAUUCACCACACUGAUGGUUAAUGAUACUAAUUGUGAAGGAUUUCCAGCUGCUGUAUUUUACUCUUCUAGAGAAACAGCUGACGUAGUGAAAUAUUUUUUUGAUGCGAUAAGUAAGCGGGUGCCUAAUCUUAAUCUACCUACUGUUUUUAUGUCAGAUGACGCACCAGCCUAUUAUAAUGCAUGGGUUAAUGUUUUUGGGGAAUGUGACUUUCACUUAUUAUGUAGCUGGCAUGUUAAAAGGGCUUGGAAGAAGAAUUUAAAUUCUAAGGUCAGGGUAGCUGAUUUAAGAUCCGCCAUUAAAUCUGACUUAUUUGAGCUUCAAGAAGAGACUGAUGUUGUGACAUUUGAUCAUUUAUGCAAAUCAUUCUUUGAGAAGUAUAGCUCUAAUGCAGAUGCGAAAAGUUUUUUAAAUUAUUUCAAUGAGGAGUACAUGUGCAGGACAAAGCAAUGGGCUUAUUGUUAUAGAGUUGAUUGUAGGAUUAAUGUUAAUAUGAAAUUGGAAAGGUGGCAUAGGUUGUUAAAGUAUGAAGAAGGUGCUGGGCGUGUUAUUAAGAGACUUGACAAGUCACUUUCUAUGGUGUUGAGUGCUAUCAGGGCUAAACUUUUUGGAAGGUUAAUUUCUCUUGAGAGGCAUAAACUUACAGCGAGGGUAUUAGAUAUAAGAAGUAGGCAUGACAAAAUAAAAGUUAUGAACGACAAAUAUUCUGUUUUAGAAUUGGAUAAAGCAUGCAGUUGGGUGGUUUCGAAACCUCAUGGUAAUUUAAUUGUAACGUAUGAUGUUAAUAAAGUUGAUGUUAGGUGUAAAUGCCAGUUAAGAUGUGAUGCAUGUAACAUUUGUGUGCAUCAGUUUAAAUGUAGUUGUGUCGAUAAUUGUAUCAGGUUCAAUAUGUGCAAACACAUUCAUUUUGUCAUUUCACAUUUUUCUGUUACUUCUUUGAAUUCCGUUGAGCCAGUUAUUCCUCCUAGCAAAUCAGACGAACAUAUUGCUAUAUCUGCUGAAUUGGUAACUAAUCGUGCAUUAACCACUGAAAAUAAGAGGAAAAUGCUCCUAGAAAAUCUUAAUGAUAUAAAAGAUUUAAUUGUCAAUGCCCAAACUGAUUCAGAGCUAGAUUUGAUUCAUAAUACAUUUAGUGAGUUAAAAACAAAAUAUUCAUUGAUGUCAGACAACAGUUUAGUUAACUUUACACAGUGUGAAAAACAACCAGCAAAUAAACUUGUACAAAAGCAGGUUCGAUUUUAA